GAAAUUACCCCAGUACAGUGACCGGUCCCGAACCGGUCGUCUUAACACAAUGCUUUCUAAGACCCUCACCUUCGAGGAAGUAAAGAAGCAUAACAAAGACGGCGACCUCUGGAUAGUCAUCGACUCCAAAGUUUUCGAUCUUUCCAAGUUCGCGGAUUUACACCCGGGAGGACCCAAUGUCUUGUACGCUGAAGGUGUAGCUGGAAAGGACGCCACAGAAACAUUCUUUGGACUACAUCGACACGAGGUACUCUUGCGACCUCAAUACGCUCGUCUACAAAUUGGGGUAAUUGAAGGAGAAGUGGAGAAUGUCAAGGUCCCCACACCGGGUUCAUUAUCCAAAGUACCUUACGCAGAGCCUUCGUGGCUUUCGGAGGGAUUCUUCAGUCCGUACUAUUCGAAUAACCACCGCACAUUCCAGAAGGCUAUUCGCAAAUUUUUCGAAGAGGUUGUCCGUCCCGAAGCUGUCAAAUGUGAAGAGAACGGGAAGAGAAUAUCGCAGGAGGUUGUGGAUAAGAUGAGUGACUUGGAGAUCAUUGCUAUGCGUCUGGGUCCUGGAAAACAUCUGAGAGGUCGUACGCUCAUGGAUGGAACAGUCAAGCCAGAGGAAUUUGAUUAUUUCCAUGAACUCAUUCUCAACACAGAACUUGCUCGCUUCGGUACGCGUGGAUUCGUUGACGGGAUGCUAAACGGUGCUGUCAUUGGUCUUCCGCCAAUAUGGAAUUACGGUUCCAAAGAAUUGCAGGCGAAAGUCGUUCCUGAAGUUCUGUCCGGCAAAAAAUAUCUUGCCCUUGCCAUCUCAGAGGCGUUUGCUGGAAGUGACGUGAGUGGGCUUCAGACGACUGCAGUAAGGGAUGGCGAUCAUUGGAUUGUCACCGGGACCAAAAAAUGGAUAACAAACGGAACCUUUGCAGAUUAUUUUACUACAGGAUGCAAGACAGAGAAAGGUCUUACUGUGCUUUUGAUUGAAAGAGGAGAAGGCGUAUCAACCAAACCUAUUAAGACGGCAUAUUCAUCUACUGCUGGAACAGCAUACGUAACUUUCGACAAGGUCCGUGUACCAGUGGGCAACACCUUGGGCGAAAUAGGCAACGGUUUGUCAGUCAUCUUGAGCAACUUCAAUCACGAGCGAUGGAUGGUUACCGGGUGCAGCGUUGGAGCCCAGAGAGUCAUUGUUGAGGAAUGUUUGAAAUGGGCCAACCAGAGAAUCGUUUUUGGAAAACCUCUGACCUCGCAAGCUGUAAUUAGAAAUAAACUUGGGAAGAUGAUAACGCGGAUAGAGGCAUGUCAGAAUUGGCUCGAAAUUGUCACACACCAGAUGAAUAAUAUGACCUAUAACGAAAUGUCCAGUAAAAUGGCUGGUCAGAUAGGCUUGCUGAAGCAAUUCGUCUCUCGCUGCGGAAGGGAAACGGCUGAAGAUGCCACUCAAAUAUUUGGGGGGCGGGCAUUGACAGUUACCGGGAUGGGUAAACUGGUAGAAAACUACCAUCGCACAUCCGGUUUCGAUGCGAUUCUCGCUGGAGCAGAAGAUGUACUGGGAGAUCUGGGCGUGAGGCAGGCAAUGAAGAGAAUGCCCAAGGACGCUCUUCUGUAGUUUGUAUUCUUCCUGCUCUCGUAAAAUACAUAAAUAUGCUGCAAUCGAUGGUCCGUAAAUUUAUUUUCUGGGUCUAGGGGUGGGUAGGCAAAACUGACUCGGGGUGAUGCA